UGUUAUCACGGCUGAAGCGGAUGCUUCUGUGGUUAAUCCCCCUCCUGUUCCUACGGGCUCAAUGAAGCUUCCUUGAGCGCAUGCGCGUUGCUGACUCGCAGCAGUCAGCUAUAAGGGAUAGUUUGCAAUGCAGCUCACUGCACUAAUCGGAAAAGAGGCUGAAGAAAACAUUUAAUAUAUAUUGCAAUAAAAAGAAACCGGGUGCCGGGAACGAAGUAGUGCAACAAGGGAGCUGCUUUCAUGUUUAAUACCCAUGACCGAGGAGGACCGGAGUGUAGAGAAUUCACAUGGACAGCAAACCAUAAGGAUCGUAUUAAAAAGUGGAGUAUUUCAUCAAGUCGUGUCUGAAUUGCACAUUGUUUUGAUAAUGCAAAAUUCUUCGGAAAAUUGACAAGUGAAAGUCUUGCACUCAACAGAGAGGAUCGGUGUUUUUGAUUGACUCGCACAAUAAAGACAAGAAUAAAUGUGCUGGAAUAAACAAAUACAUAAAUAACUAACUAACUACACUGAAGAAUAUUACUGUAACUUAUUCUGCCACCGUACGGGCAGACCUCAGUAUUUUGCAUGGAAACGGAUUUAACAGUAAGACGGAUACAUAUGUACCCUUUUCAACCCGCAGAUCUGACGCAUAUUCAAAAGAGAAUUUGCAAGAUUAUGUUAUGAUCCAGCUUCACGUCUCCCUUUAGAGAUGUGCUGUUGGCCGACAAGAAAUAAAUAAAAAAUGCACGCCGCUGACUGCUAGAUUCUCGUAUGCUGAGAAAAGACUGCUUUAAAAAUACACGGAGAAUAAUAGUAUUUCACUGAAGAAGGACCGUCCAGCACGGAAAAUAAUUCAACUCAAACUACCGGCGUGUUCAUUUUUCUGCCGGUCUUGAUAAUUUUAAGUUGUCACAAACAUUGAUUGCCUGCUUAGACAAACGAAAUCAGAAUGUUUAACAUGCAUUUAUAUUUAAAACGUAUUCCAUAUAUAUUAUAUUGGAAUUGACAGGACAAUAAAAGCAAUGUAUUAGUUUUUGCAACUGAAUCAGAGUUAAUUUCUCCCUAAAGUUGCAAACACUGGGAAAUAUGCCAGGCAGUAAAAUAACUGUAUUUUGCAUUUGCAGGAAAUUAGAUUCAUAAAAAUAAUCGUAUUCCCUAUUGCAAUUUCUAAAGCGGAUUUAAUGGUGGAUGUGUAAUCUGGGUGGUAAAUGCUUUAUUUGCUGGUUUUGCUGAGUAAAAACAACCGGAUUUUUGCUAAUAACUUUUUUCUCAAACCCUCACUUGAGUUUGUGUAACUGAAAUGGAGAAACUCGUAUCUGUUAACGUAUAAUUUAUUAUUGAUCUAUCCGUGCUAGUCAAUACUAGCUAAAACAAAACAAAAAAACCCUGCAGAACGUUUAAAGUUUAAAAGUUUAAAACUAGUUUUUUGUAUGUAUUUCUAUGUAGUCGAUCAGUGAACUGCUUGUUCGAGUUCUUUUUGCAAUCGCAUCUGAUUCAGUUACAAUGAAAACAGUACAGAUACUGCAUUCGGUCAGAAAGUCUUGGUGAAAAUGAUACUCAACAUCAGUAUGGACUAAUGGAGAUAUCAUCAGGGCUGCUUGAAAUACAUGUUUUUAAAAUGAAUCGUGGAUUUUGCUCAUAUUUUCUUUAAAAUGUAAUAGUCCCAUUUCACAAGUAACUGCCCUCUAAACACCUUGCUCAGUUUAAAAACGUUGCUAGAGACAGCUGCUGACUCGUUUGGUUUUGCAUUCCUAGCCUGUAAAUGAAGCCAUGGAGUUCUCUAAACUUUAAAGUCAUAACUUCUGUUAUACUUUAUAAUAUACAUCUUUUUUCCCAUCAGCGACAUGCUGGCUUUUGUGUUUGUAGAAAGUUGUUGCUGGUGAUUUUUAGCUUUCCAAACUACAUCAAACACGCAAUCGUUUUUAUUAAAUGACGGUAUUUUAGCGUCUCCCUAUGUUGUUUAUCGUCAUGCUUAGUUAAAUCAUCCUGUAACAAUUGCUAUGAACUUUGGAUUCCUUAAACCUGAUGUGCUGUGGGAAACAAAGUUGUAAACAAGAGUCCCCAAACUAUUUCUGCAAGCAUGGUUUGUCUUGAUAGUGGACCUGCUUGAACGUUUUAUAAACAUUUUUAAUGUUAGAUUGAGAAACUCAUUGGCAGUAUUUUAAUAAUAAUAAACACAUUUUAUUUUGGAUUGAAAUAUAUUGGGCAACUAAUGGAUCAAACAAGCAACGUGUAGUAAAAUCUGAAAACAAUAUAUUUUUCAGUCAGAUUUGGGAGCGAUAUUAUAACUUGUUCACCAGUCCAUGUAGUGGAAGAAACCUGGGCUGUGGGAGACUUCUAUUCCUAGAUCUGAGUUUCAUGCCACGAUUUUUUAAAAUAGCCACGGAUCAUUAGAAUGGAACCUUUGGUUACUCUUGUGCUCCACAUUUCAGCUGGAUGAUUCCAGUUUGGCCACCUGGACUUGGGCAGUUCAUCGUAGGACUAGUUCAUUCAUUCUCUGGAUCAACAGAAAGCCAUUGUGCUACUGGAAUCCACCAUGGGGCAUUAGCAGGACUACACAUUAUAGAUUUAUACAGGAGCUUUCGUGUACAAGAACAAACAUUACAUCCUUUGUCAAAUGUCUUUAAUUGAAAUGUAAAGACCACCAGAGAUUUCCUUCAUUGGUAACUUUUGAAAGUGUCAUAAGAAAGGCAUGUGAAGUCCGUAUUCAGACACCAGAUCAGGACGUUCUUGGAACUAAUCGAGUGUAUGAUUUUCAAAUCUGGAGGAAACCAUUGAAAGAGCGUGAUAAGAUUGAUCAACCCUCUGAGUUCACAACUAACUGUUGUUUCCAUCAAGUGACUGGGAAGCUAGCAAGAGGAGCAGUGCAAUAACUGAAGCCCCAAAGCGGUUUCAGAGUAGCUUUGUGUGUACUGUAGCCGAGGAAGGUUUGGUGGUUGCUCUGGUUUUGAGAACCCCGAUCAUCCCAGCGUGCUAGGCCAUGGGGAGCUCUGCUUCUUCUCUGGCUGCAGAGACAGAAUCGGAUCAUGGAUUCCGCAGCACCGCUUACCCUUCAGCGCCAUCUGUAGGCUGGCUCAGGAACAGUCACAGUAGUCCGGUUUGGGGCAGCACCUUUACGUCCAGACCACAGCAACAGCCUCUUCCACAUAGAGAGAGAAGUCACUCUCACUCCCCUGGCUCCAUGGCUGCAGCGGUGGGGAGCAGCGAGUGGUCCUGUGGCCGGUGCACCUUCCUGAACGCUGGUGGAGCCCCCCGCUGCUCCAUCUGCGAAGCGCCCCGUCAGAAACCCGACCUCAACCAGAUCCUGCGUCUCAGCAGCACAGAGGAACAGCGCUGGGCCUGCCCUCGCUGCACCCUCAACAACCCCAAUGGGUCCGGCGCCUGCACUGUCUGUGGCUUCGGACCUGGAGCCAGCCCGGGCCCCUCCCCGGGCACUCCAAAUGGGAUUCUCCCCCCACAAAACACCCCUACCUCUGCCACUCCCUCCAACUCCACCACCGUCCUCCUGGAGCCCCGAGGGCAGGUACCUCCCAAAGAGGAGCUCCGGAGAUCGGAGAGCAACGGAGAGGCGAGUCCUGGAGACCUGCUGCUUCUCUCUGGCUGGGCCUGCCCACGCUGCACCCUGCACAACACGCCUGUAGCCCUCUCCUGCUCUGCCUGCGGCGGGCCUCGCAAGCUUUCCCUUCCCAAAAUCCCUCCCGAGGCUCUGGUAGUGCCGGAAGUCUUGACGCCUGUGGUCGGAUUCCCCACGGCCAUGAACAGUGGAGGCCCGCUUCUUAUCGACCUGACUGAUAACGAUUCCCCUCCCGCGGCAGUGCCUGCGGAGCCCCCUGAAACUCCACGCUCUGGUUCCUCGACUUCAUCAGCUUUCACCCCCCUCUCCUCCCUCCUGCAGAACAACCCGGUCCCUCGAAGCCGCAGGGAGGUUCCUCCUCAAGCCCCACAUCUGGGACGGCCCCCUAAUCCAGCCCCCAGCCCCACCUCCCCGUCCACAACAGCUGCAACCACCUCCCAGUGGCCUCCCAAACCUCCACCCACCAGCUCCAAGCCCCCCCAGCCUCAGCAGCCACCCCCACAGCAAGGGGAAGCCUUCCCAAGCAAGCGGCUGAGCGUCUUCGAUGAGGAGGACAUGCAGGUGUGUCCUUCCCUGCCUCCUCCCCCCUCUUCUGGCUCCUCCCCCUCCCUCUCCUCUACCUCCACCUGGAAGUGCAGCUCCUGCUCCUUCAACAGCUCCUCCAACAGCUCAAAGUGCGAGAGCUGCCGUUCCUCCUGGGUAGCCAGCGAUUUGAUCGACCUGACGGGGGAGUCUGUGCGGUUCACCCCCGCCAGCCCGUCCAGCCCGGACUUCAGCACCUGGUCCUGCUCCAAGUGUACUCUUCGCAACUCCACAGGGGCUCCCAAGUGCAGCGCCUGCGGGUCAUCCAAACUGUAUGGCUUCCAGGACUACCAGCAGCACUGCUCCCAAUGUGGCUCAACGGGCCACGUCUGCAGCUCCUGCCCUGGAACCAGCCAAGGCAAAGCAGGGCCCCGCAAACCUGCUCGGCUCUUUCCUUCCUCCUCGUCCUCGACCUCCCUAAACUCCCAGGAGAAGGCUGGUCAGUGGGCCUGCCCAGCCUGCACCCUCCUCAACGACUUGAAAUCCAAACACUGCGCCGCCUGCCACACUGCUCAGCAGUACUUCACCCUGCGCAAGGGGGCCAAGCCCCUGAAGAGACGAGAGAGCAUGCAUGUGGAGGCGAGGCGGCAGAACGACGAGGGAGAGGCCAAGGAGCUCUUGGAGAACAUUGUCGGAUUCUGCAGGGAGAAUGCCGUGAACUUCGUUGAUGACAGUUUCCCCCCUGGCCCGCGCUCAGUGGGGUUUCCCGAGGGAGACAGUGUGCAGCAGCGCGUCAAGAAGUGGCUCCGCCCCCACGAGAUCAACUGCAGUAACUUAAAGGGCCGCGGGUUCAAGUGGUCAGUGUUCUGCACGCCCCGCCCCUCUGACAUCAUGCAGGGGCUUCUGGGAAACUGCUGGUUCCUCAGUGCGCUGGCUGUGCUGGCAGAGAGACCCGAGCUGGUGGAGAGGGUGAUGAUCACGCGCGUGAUCUGCUCCGAGGGGGCGUACCAGGUGAGGCUGUGCAAGGACGGCACCUGGAUCACUGUGCUGGUGGACGACAUGCUGCCCUGCGACGAGUACGGGUACCUCCUCUUCUCCCAGGCCCAGAGGAAGCAGCUGUGGGUGGCUCUCAUCGAGAAGGCUCUGGCCAAGCUCCACGGCUCCUACUUCGCACUGCAGGCGGGCCGGGCCAUCGAGGGUCUGGCCACUCUGACCGGAGCCCCUUGUGACAGCCUCAUGCUGCAGGUCAGCUCCACAAACCCACGAGAGGAGCCCAUCGACACAGACCUCAUCUGGGCAAAGAUGCUGAGCUCCAAGGAGGCAGGUUUCUUGAUGGGUGCCUCGUGUGGAGGAGGCAAUAUGAAAGUGGAUGACAAUGUGUACGAGAGCCUGGGCCUUCGGCCUCGCCAUGCCUACUCUAUACUGGACGUGAGGGACGUGCAGGGCUACAGGCUCCUGAGGUUACGGAACCCCUGGGGGCGCUUUUCAUGGAACGGGAGCUGGUCAGACGAGUGGCCCGACUGGUCGCAGCACCUCCGCCAUGAACUCAUGGCCCACGGAAGCAGUGAGGGAGUCUUCUGGAUGGAGUAUGGAGACUUCAUCAAGUACUUUGACUCGGUGGAUAUCUGUAAGAUCCACUCGGACUGGCAGGAAGUGCGGGUUCAGGGCUCGUUCCCCACUCGAGCGAGUGGCCCUGUGACAGUGACCUCACUGACUGUGCUGGAGCGCACUGAUCUGGAGUUCGCUCUCUUCCAGGAGGGCAGCCGGCGUUCGGACACUGCUGACAGUCACCUCCUGGAUCUGUGCAUCAUGGUCUUCCGCGCCUCCUUCAGCAGCGGCAACAAGCUCAGCCUGGGCAGGUUGCUGGCACACAGCAAGCGCGCCGUCAAGAAGUUUGUGGGCUGCGAUGUGAUGCUGGAGCCGGGGGAGUAUGCCGUGGUUUGCUGUGCCUUCAACCACUGGCAAAUGAACAUCCCUGGAGCUGCCCUCACUCCGGUAUCGAGUCCAACCAGCAGAGGGCGCCCCAACCCAGAAUUCCCGGGGUACAUCCUGGCAAUCUACAGCUCGCGGCAGGUGAUGGUGGAGCAGAGUGAAGCCCCUCCCACCACCCUGGCCGACGCCAUCAUCCUCCUGACGGAGAACAAGGGGGAGCGGCACGAGGGUCGGGAGGGAAUGACGUGUUACUACCUGACACACGGCUGGGCGGGUCUGAUCGUGGUGGUGGAGAACAGACACCCCAAGUACUACCUGCAUGUGUCGUGUGACUGCACUGACAGCUUCAACGUGGUCUCCACACGGGGCAGCCUGAAGACCAUUGACAGCGUCCCGCCACUCAACAGACAGGUACUGGUAGUGCUAUCUCAACUGGAAGGGAAUGCUGGCUUCUCCAUAACACACAGACUGGCUCACAGGAAAGCAGCACAGGCCUGUCUGGGGGACUGGACCCCGACCAAGGGCAAACACAGCCCCCAGCUCACCUUGGACAUUGCAGGACUGCACAGGCCCCGACCGCUAUGACAGAGGGACAGGCCUCGCGCGCACAGGGGCAACAAAAACAAGAAAACACACGCCGUGCCGGGAGAGGGCACACUUUUAUAACAGGAAGCUACAAACGGAAAACAGCACUUUUUAAACCCGGCCAGAUAUUUUUUUGGUCCCUUUUUUUGCACUGAACAUUUUCCUGCGCUGUUUUCAGAGAGCCACAUGAGUUUACUCCAUCCAUUUAUGGGAUUUGGAAGUACAGCUGCUGCCUCUUACAGAUUAAAUGGGAGUUAAAAGGGAGAGGUAUACUGUAGCUGGGGCAACACAAGUCUUUUUUAUGUGGGAUCCUAUCUUUAUUCAGUCUUUUAACCUAAGGUGGCAUGGUGUAGAGAUAUAAUGGUAAGUGGUAAAGGGGAUCUUCAUAGUUCACAAAUCAAACUGGGUUAUAUUUGGUUCAAUACCACACUCCAUUUUUAACCUGCAGCUGCAAAGCUAGCUACUGAGCCACACAGCUAUAGCAAAUCACAUACCCACCAGCCAUUUUACAUUAACCAAGAAGCUGGAAGUUUUAAUGCAUCUGUCUGAAUUGUAUCAAGGCACUGAGAUGCUUCAUCCACAGUGACUGUCAACCCAUCUCGAAUCACAAGCCUACCUUACACAGGAACACACACCAGAAAGCAGCAAGCUCUGGUUUAAAGGCAUUAGUAAAACUCCUCCUUGUGGUCUGGUAGUCUGGCAGAAUAUUCACUGGAAAGGGUGCUGCAGGUAGUCUGGUGGUGGUAGUAGUGGGAUUUGCUAAUUUAGGGAACUAAGCUAUGAGGGAUUCAUUCAUUUUGUGGUUUUAAAAACUUCAUUUAAAGGAAGGAAACUAAGGCUUUAAAAUCUGUUUUCUCUUGUUUUUAAUGCCCCCCCCCCUUUUUUUUUUUUUAGUAAUUUUUGUACUAAAAUGCCCUUUUUUAGUAAUAAUAAUCAUUAUUAUAUGUAAAAGGCACAGAACCCCAAUGUCAGGUACCGGUUACCAGAUAGUAUUAACUUUCAUUCUUGAUUUAUCUCUUGAGGGUAGUUUUUAUUAUAAUUAUUAUUGUUUUUAGAAAAUAUGUGUACCAGGGCAAAGCUUAACUGUGUAGCACUCAGCCCUAAAAAAUGUCUUUAACCAUACUUAUUACAUCUACUAGCAUCUACCUUUCAGGACCCUUAUUUUCAUUAAAUUCAGACAGCGAUAUUAAAAUCAUGUUGUGAGAAAACAACAGCAUUAAUAUAUAAUUUAGAGAAGUAUUGGCCCAAUGUCUUCAGUAACUAUAACACAAUAGACACUAAUUAACACAAAUCAUAUAAGCAAGUUCCUUUGUUAAUGUUCUGAAUGAACCAGCAAAUCCAUUCUGAAGGCAUUAGCCUCAGUAUAAUGUCUCGACUCCAUUGCUGAGCGCUGAGCUCAAAGCUGUGUACAGCAGGGUUUUAAAGGAUGGCUGGUAGGAUGAGUCAUGACAUUCAGAAACGUAGCCCAGGUUCAGUCCAGUCCGCAGGAUCAGUGAGUCUUGGUGUAUGGAGAGGGGCUUGAGGGAUUCUUGGUGUGCUGAAUGAAUCUGUCAGGUCACCUGCUCAGUCGAUGCAGGUGUGUAACUGUACUGUACAUUAUUUUUGUUUAUUUAAAUGUAGAACUCAUGGAAGGUGAGGGACAAUGGUUUUAAAUUUAAACGCUGGCGUCUUGAGCCAGAUUUGAACCCGGGUCUCCAGAGAAGCAGCGCCAUCUAGCCCUCUAAUGGAAUACCCUGUAUGAUGCUGUCUGAGCUGCAUAGCACUGUCACAGACUAUCCAGACCAGGGCUCUUCUGGAUGAGCAGCACUGUAGAAAGACUCCAUUGUCUAGCAGUUUUACCUUAAGCAUUACAGAACAUACUGUGACCUUUAUGUUGACAGUGACACUGACUGCAGUCUGGUACAGAGCCGACAGGCAGGCAGGCACCAUGAGAGCUUCCUUCUCACAGCUCUGAAAGCGAGAUGGAGAGAGCACUCCACUGUCCACACAUAAACAUUCAUUCCUGAUCCCCUCUCAAGCAGAGUUGCUGUUUGAUGCAGAUUGCACUGAUGAGCACAGGGGUUAAACUGAUACCACCAAAUUAGCUGCCUAGAAUAUUUCUUUAUAAACACAAUUUCAUUUGAUGUUUGUAUCCACAUUACUCUAGUGGGUAGUAGGAUAUGUGUGUCUGGCUGGCUCCCUACCCAUGAAGGUCUGGCCCUGUACUUUCCUGUCAUCAGUGUUGGGAAUUAUUUGAACUUAGGGUAUGUGAGUAGGGCAGCAGUGAUUCAUCAAAACAGAAAGCUGUUCUACAGUAUUGAUUCCGUUUCUUUAUUGCCUGCUGUCUGUUUGUUGAAAGACUACUUCAGGCUAUCUGUCUUUGUUCUGUGUUUGUAGGUGUUCACAUUACAAAGUCAUUGUUGUAAUGACUGUUUUGCAGUCUGUCUCUGUAGACACUUCAAUUGGCCUCAGUGACUGAACUACUCAAUCUUGCCUAACCAGUCUGAAAAUCUCAUCUCUUUCCAAUAAAAACGGGGGCUGUCUACAGCUAUGCCCAAAGGUUUUUCAUCACCUUGUAUUUUAGGGUUGAGCUAUCAUUUUUCUUUAAAAAAAAAAACCUAUAUGAACAUAAUUUAGAUAUUUUACUAACAUCAUGUAAUCAAAGAAACUACAAAAUGAUAUCGCAAAAGUCUACCGGAAGCCAUAAUAAUAGUACAGUCUUCGAAAUGUCACAUUUUUCAAUUUUUGUCAGUUUUUCCUUAAGUAUAUGGAAAACUACAAAGCGGUAUGUAAUUCAAUAUGUUAACGUAACAUUAUUCAGCAGGUUUCAUUCGACGUUAUGAAACACAAUGUGUUAAUUGUUAGGAUGAUGCAAAACUUUUGGUCAUAGCUGUACAAUCCAAUCUUCAAACUGGUAAAAGAUACCAGUGUGUAGAUGACAAAAAUAAUGAUUUUGUUAUAACAAGACAAAGCUUGCCAAAUCUGUUCUGUGGACUUUUGGCCUCCACAAUGCCACACUGAUCGUUGCUCUCAUUGGGUAACUGGGAAGCAGUCUGACCCAGAAAUGGUGUAAAGCAAAGUGAAAGGAGCAGGGUUGUGUAGCCCCCCCUUGUGGUGAAUACAAGACUUAUCCCAUUUACCGGAAUGAAAGAGACUUUUCUGCAGAACAGUCUGACUGCACCACACCUACUAUCUACAGGGAGAUGCCUAGAACAGCAAAUUAAAUUUGAGUUACGGUGGUUAUCUGUCAAACUGGGCGGUUUUUGUUUUAUUUAGUUUUUGUUUUUUGUUUUUUUGUAAAUUGUACAGACACAUUUAAUCUUCGCGAAGCUGUGAAUAGUUUUAUCUUAUAAGAAAAAAAUUAACUUAAAAAUAACAAAACAGAAGAACACUUUUGGGCAGGAAUGUGAUAUAUGGAAUAUUUUAUCAAUUUUAGAAGAAGAAAAAAAAUCUAUAUAUGUAUGAUAUAUGUAUGUAUGGGUAGUUUGCAAACUCAGGUUCCAAUGGACCAAAUAAAGUUCUGUUUUUUAAUUAAA